UAGGUUGGAUGCAGCAGCAGAGCUUCAGUGUGUAUCCCGGCUCAGAGGCAGGUCCUCUCCUCUCUCCUCUCCUCCCUUUGCCUGCUCAUCACUCGGUUUUCUGACGCGUCUAGACCAACACAGAGCUCAAACAUGGAGACCACAGAGGAGCGGGACUGUUGCUUUCACCAUAGAAGACUCUCCAGGUCAGCGGAGAAAUAAGGCGGGUUUCUAACGCGACCCUCUUCCUUCUUUUCUAUUUCUGACAACAUCCUCCGACGCUGAUGCCCUGCGUGAGAAGUUACGGAUAAACCCUCUCCAGUUUGGCAACAAGCGCUGUCCACAUGCAGGAUUUUUCCUCCCAGAACUUCCUCUUCUCUGACCUCUACACCAAACUCUUCAGCCCUUCUACGAAGGAAUCUUCACACGCUGAAGACUGAAUACUGCACUGAAGAGAAACGAGCUGCCAAUGAAUCCUCUAAAGGACCAUCUGACUUCUCUGCUUGGCCUGGAGAUCUUCUAGAGAGUCGGACCUCCUUGCCAUUAUGAAAGGAUUGGGGGCCAACCGUAACAGGCACCUCUCAGAAUCCUGUGAACCCCCUACUGGCCAUCCGGAGGCCAUGUAUUCGCAGAAGACCAGCACGCUGCCCCGCAGCCCUUACUUACUCACCCCUGCAAUGGACCACUAUGGCACCAUGGACCCCCACCUUUACUCCUCAGCCAACCCACACUCCCUCCCAACAGACUGCAUGCUGCCCCUCAACAAUCAGCUGUCCAACAGCAGCACCUUUCCUAGUAUUCACUACAAUUCUUAUGACCCUUCUGAUUUUUCUCCUCCUGGGGACAGUAUUGGGGGCAUUGGCACGGGGACCAUGGGGACAUCUAUGUCAAUGGGAAUGGCAACAAGUAUGGGCAUGGCAGGACUGAGCGGACGGAUGCCUAUGAUCACAAGUGGCUCAGCGACUAUUUCGCACCACAUGACCAAGAGUCAAACCCCACCCAGUCUGCUGGAGUUUGAAAAGCAGCUACCUGGAGGUCGUGAUGGAUUCAGCACUUUGCAGUUUCACAGAGCAACUGCUGCUGCCAAGCAGCGGACAGACAGCCCUGGCCGUAUCCGUUACAUGCUGCACUCGGUGCAAAAGCUUUUUGCAAAGUCCCAGUCCCUGGAGAGCCACAACAUGAAAGGAAACGUUAAUGGACGAUCUGCUGGCAGCGUUGGAGGCUCAUCUGGCACCGAGAAUGGAGGGAAGCAUCAUCGCAGAUCCAAAAGUAAAGAUCGUGCCACAAAAUCAGAGGCAACCAAGCGACGGCCAAGAUCCAACAUGUCAGGUUAUUGGAGCUCGGACGAUUUGGACAGCAGUGACUUGAGCAGCUACCACAACUCCAUGGCCAUGAUGACUCUGGGGCACCCAACUGGCCAUGACAGCCAGAGUGGCCAGAGUAAAUACAUUCACAGUGGCUACAACACCAUCAGUUCAUCUAAAAGCAGCAAUGAAAUGAAGUAUCCAGCACUUCCUGGCCCAGGGGAUAUUGGGAGCGGAAUAGGAGGCAUGAUAUUAAAUGAUAAUGACUACGUGAAAGGGGGAUCUUGGUCUACGUUGACGAUGGGCCAACCAAGACAAGUCAUUCAAAAGGGAUCAACUACUCUGGACAGAUCCGUGCUCAAAUCUAAGUCCUGCCAACCAGAGCUGACUUGUAACUACCUACAGGUUGGACGCAGGGGUGAUUGGAGCAGCACACUAGGCCGCAGCGGGGGGUUCAAUGAAAUCCCAUGUCGUCGGAUGCGCAGUGGUAGCUAUGUGAAAGCCAUGGGAGACAUAGAAGACAGCGACGACUCAGAGGGAAGUCCUAAACCCUCGCCCAAAACAGCUGCACGCCGCCAGAGCUACCUCAGGGCCACCCAGCAGUCUCUGAGUGACCAGCUACCCCCACGCAACAGAACCCUGGAUUACACCUUGUUGCAGGGGGAGCUGGAUGCCCUGUGGUCUCCGCUCCACAGUGUGCCCUCUCUGCACCAGCUGGGCAGGUCAAUGAGCAGCUGUCUUCCAUCUCUCAGAGAGCUGUCUAAUAAUCGCAGCCUGGAUAAUCUGGACUGUAUUGGCGAAGCAGGACCUUUGGUGUCGUGGGACGAGGACGGCUUCAGCCAGGCCUGCAGCACUUUAAGCAGACACAUGGGACAGUUGCGAGAGCUGGAAAAGAGUCAGCAUUACGAUGACCGAAGCUCGGAAUCUACCUUCAGAGAUUCCCAUUCUCAGGACACCUCGGAGCCUCCAGAUCUGCCCAUGCCAACAUGCUUCCGAUCCCGCAGCCACAGCUACCUGAGAGCCAUCCAGGCAGGCUGUUCCCAAGAUGAUGACACAGCUUCCAUAGACUCAGGCUGCUCUCCGCCUCCGAUCGACUCCACCAUUCGCACUUACAGCAGCAGCACUGACGACCUUUCUACACAAUGGAAGACAUGGAAAGAACAAUUUGCCUCUUACCUGAUAGCCACUGGCUUGGACAAAGCCCCAAAGGAGAAACAACUUGCCAUUUUUCUUCAGCGUUUUGGGACAGACAGACCACGCAUCCUACCCACACACACAGUUUCCACACACAUAACAAGCUGUAAGAAGGCUGCUCCUCCACCCGUGCCUCCGCGCACAACCUCCAAGCCCUACAUCUCGGUCACAGUGCAGAGCAGUACCGAGUCGGCGCAGGACAACUACCUGGACCAGCAGGACAGGAGGUCAGAGGUCAACAGUCAGUCAAGCCACGCUCACAGCAACUCAUCUGACAGCCUGGACAGCACUCGCGCCAACAGCCUGGCUCGGGGCAUUCCCCGUCCUCCGCACAUCAUUCCCACUCCCAUCGCUACCCCGAGGGACCCAAUCGCCCCCAGCACUGCCAACGCCUCCACCGAGACAAAUGACCCAGUCGUCCAAACUGAAUUACUGAAAUCUGGAUCUAAUAAAGGGAAUCUAACCGCGGAGGAGCAUUUUGUCACCCCGUUGCCUAGAAGGAAAUUGUCUUCCAUUGGGAUACAGGUCGACUGUAUUCAGGAAGUCCCAAGAGAAGAGACGCCCCCGCUGGCCAAAUUUCAGUCAAUCGGAGUACAGGUGGAGGACGGGUGGCAGAACAGUCGCUCCAGCAGCAUGGCCUCCAAACAGGAAACAGACUCGGACACGCCGGACAUCUCUUUCGUGUCUCUUUUCAACAACGCCAAACCCUUUGAGAAAAAAGUCAUGGUCAACAGUGCCAGCCAAUCGAUGAGUUCCCCUCCUGGACAAGACUCUUUAGACAACGGAGACACCACUGGAGACACUUCCCCCCCACCACCGCCCAGGCAGAUCCUCAACCGCUCCACAACACGGAGUAGCUCCUCCUCUUUCUCUGAGAGUCUGGAUCCAGCCCUGGACCCCUCGUCUCUGCCACCUCCUGACCCAUGGUUGGAUAGUGGAAAUGGGAAUAACGGCAGCAUCUCCCAGAGCGCAGGAGGAGGAGGAACACUCUGUCGAAGAGACGGCCACUGGUUCCUGAAGCUGCUGCAGGCUGAGACGGGACGCAUGGAAGGCUGGUGUCAUCAGAUGGAGCAGGAAGCCAAAGACAACCAGCUCUCAGAAGAGGUGCUGGGAAAAGUUCGCAGUGCAGUGGGAAGCGCUCAACUCCUAAUCUCUCAGAAGUUCCAGCAGUUCCGAGGACUGUGUGAACAAAACUUGAAUGUGAAUGCCAGUCCGCGACCCACAGCCCAGGACCUGGCUGGCUUUUGGGACCUGCUGCAGCUCUCCAUCGAGGACAUUAGCCUCAAGUUUGAUGAGCUCUACCAUCUCAAGUCUAACGACUGGCAGCCUGUUUCAUCUGUAGCUGUCCAGUCGGCCCCCGAGCGGAAGGUACUUCCCACCCAUGCAGCCCAGUGCCCUGGCUGGGAACGACGACAAGGAGGCUCAUCCUGCGUCAAAGAAGCCUGGUAAGGGACGACCGACGCUCGGCCGCGAGAAGAGCGCCGACUCUUCCUCAACCUCUUUAUCUGCCUCAGCGGAAAAGCAGAGACAAGAGGCACGCAAGCGCCUGUUGGCUGCAAAGAAGGCUGCCUCGUUUCGCCAGAACUCUGCCACAGAAAGCGCAGACAGCAUUGAAAUUUAUGUCCCCGAGGCCCAAACUCGCCUUUGAGAGAAGCUUUGAGCAGGGAAGAUGAAAAAGGUAGAUAAGUGUUGGAGGAGAGAACAUAUUGCUGAGUGGAUAAGGGUUGAGGUCAUUUGAUAGGCUGGUCCUGGUUGAAACAAAAAUAGAUUUUUUUUUCUUUCUGUGUUAUUUUUUGUGCGUGUGGAGCCAACAGACUAUAAACCAGGAGAUUACUCGUUUUGAGGCUGCCACUGAAGACUUCACCUGAUGAACUUUGUCAAUUAUUUUCUUGAUAAUUAUUAGAAAACUGUUUAUGAAAUAAUUAUUAUGUCAAUUAUAGGCUAAAGAAUCUUUAUGAAGACUGUUUUAAAAGUUCUCGUAUCGUGGCUAUAAGAUUUAUUAAGCAGGUGGAAGGAAAAACCCUUCCCUCACUCUUUCUCUUCCCAGAUCACUGGCCAUCUUGUAGCUUUGCACAGCAUCACCUUGUGGCCAUCUCACAAAUUGCACACACGCCACAAAUUCCCUUCUGUACGUCUUCCUUGUGUUUAUUUUUUGGAUCGAUAAUUCUUUGGUUUAUGUGGUAAUCUGUUCUUAUCUGAAUACUUAGGUAUGAUGAAAUUCAGGUGUUUGUU